AUGGAAGAGAAAACACAAAUCAAGACUUUUUUGGGUUCCAAGUUGCCAAAGUAUGGAACAAAAUCUGUAAGAAGUACACUGCAGCCAAUGCCGAAUGGGAAACCUGUUAAUUUGUUGGGAACUUCCAAGGGUAGCAGCGUCAAAAGUUACAUCAAAAAUAAUGGCUCUGAUUGUUCAUCGUCCCAUUCAUUUAACUGGAGAACAGCAAAUAAAUAUGAGUUUAGUGCACAAAGUCCUGAAGAGCCUAGUAAUACUCAGAGUUCACAUGCUAAAGUAAUUAAUCCGGAAAAAAUUGCACCUACUCAAGGAGUGUUUGAUAAAAAUGGGAUGAAAGGAGGUUUGAAAAAUAUUUCUCUACUCACGUCCAAGUUAGCAAAGCCAUCCACUAUGUUUGUGUCAUCGACAGAGGAGUUAAACCAAAAGUCUUUGUCCGGACCAUCUAAUUUGGGUAAAUUCACCAAAGGCACAUUGUUAGGAAGGACUUCAUAUGCUUCAGUCAGUGCUCCAAAAUCUCAGUUGAAUGGAUUUUAUGGAAACCGAUCAGCUGGUAGCAUACAAAGGCCUAGAGCAAACUCCUGUGCCACCAGAGGCAGUUCUGGAGAAAGCUUAGCACAAUCUCUAGAUAAUAUCAAAUCGCUUGCUUGUGAAAAAAUGGUAAGGUCACAGAGUUUUUCACAUUCCAUUCAGAAUUCAUUCCUUCCCCCUUCAUCUAUAACCAGAUCACAUUCCUUCAAUAGAGCUGCAGAUCUUACAAAGCCUUAUCAGAACCAACAGCUACCCAUUAGAGUGCCUCUGAGGUCAAGUAUGCUAACAAGAAAUUCCCGGCAGUCAGAAGUCCUCAAUGGGAAUGAACAUUUAGGAUUUGGAUUUAAUAGGCCUUAUGCUGCUGGUGGAAAGAAGUUGGCUUUACCAAAUGGCCAGGGUGUAACUUCCACUUUCGGUUAUAGGAUGGUUCAUCCCUCUCUUCUGAAAUCUAGCCGACCUCCGUUUUCUGGGACUCUCACAGUUGAUGGUAAUAAAAAUUCACCUGCUGACACCUGUAUAGAGGAAGACGCUGCACUUGUGGCUAAAGACAGAGCUGUGGAUCAGGACCGAGAACUGAUUGAAAAUGAUAGUUAUAGAACAGAAAAUGACCAGACCAUGAAGCGCGAUGCUAAAAUUAGAUACCUGAGUGAUGAUGUGGAUGAUAUUUCCUUGUCUUCUUUGUCAUCUUCUGAUAAGAAUGAUUUAAGUGAAGACUUUAGUGAUGAUUUUAUAGAUAUAGAAGACUCCAACAGAACUAGAAUAACUCCAGAGGAAAUUUCUCUCAAAGAAGAAAAGUGUGAAAAUGUACCACCAAAAGAUAUAUUUGAUUCCCCCAAGGAAAAUGAAAAAUCCUUCAGUAAAACUGAUGAAUGGAUAGAUAUAAGUGUCUCUGACAGGAGUGAAUGUUCAAAACAUGCUUCUGGAAAUAACUUGAUUUCACCAGACACAGAUUACAGAGCUGGUUCUUCAUUUGAACUCUCUCCAUCUGAUAGCUCUGAUGGAACGUACAUGUGGGAUGAAGAGGGCUUGGAGCCCAUUGGAAAUGUCCACCCAGUUGGGAGCUAUGAGUCCUCCGAAAUGAACAGCAUAGAUAUUCUGAAUAAUCUUGAAUCAUGUGACCUAGAGGAUGAUGACCUUAUGCUUGAUGUGGAUCUGCCUGAGGAUACACCUCUUGAAAAUGUGGAGUGUGACAAUAUGAACCGCUUUGACCGAUCAGACAGAAAUGUUCGACAGUCUCAAGAAGGAUUUUGGAAAAGGCCACCCCAGAGGUGGAGUGGACAGGAACAUUACCACCUUAGCCAUCCUGACCACUAUCAUCACCAUGGAAAAAGUGACUUGAGCAGAGGCUCUCCCUAUAGAGAAUCUCCUUUGGGUCAUUUUGAAAGCUAUGGAGGGACCCCCUUUUUCCAGGCUCAGAAGAUGUUUGUAGAUGUACCAGAAAAUACGGUGAUACUGGAUGAGAUGACCCUUCGGCAUAUGGUUCAGGAUUGCACUGCUGUAAAAACUCAGUUACUCAAGCUGAAACGGCUGCUGCAUCAGCAUGAUGGAAGUGGUUCAUUGCAUGAUGUUCAGCUCUCAUUGCCAUCUAGUCCGGAACCAGAAGAUGGUGAUCAUAUAUGCAAGAAUGAAGAUUUACUAAAUGAAAUAAAACAACUUAAAGAGGAACUAAAGAAAAAAGAUGAAAAAAUCCAACUAUUAGAACAUCAGCUUGCAACUCGGUGUAACUGCCAUCAAAAAUCUAAAGAGGAAAAAUGUACAUAUGCUGAUAAAUAUACCCAAACACCCUGGAGAAGAAUUCCUGGUGGGUGUUCUGCUCCCUCCUUCUCUCCUUGGCAGGGCUCCUUCCAAGGGAUCCCACGGACUGUCCCGCCGCACCGCAGACAGACCUCAAGUACUACAGCCUUCCAGCAGCCUUCCCAGACCCACAGACCACACCCAGGGAAAACUAGUAAAGCCGCAACAUACCGAGGCCCACAGUGAGUGCACAGUCCAGGGCACACAUCAGGGUGUUGUACCUCCAGAUGAAAGCUUUACACACGGCUCGCAACAAGAAAGCAGCAAUGGUCUGGAAGACCAGCCUUUUUCAUCAA